GGCUACAGAAUGAACGCAGUUGCUUUCCUCUCAGUCUGAGAGGCAACUGCCAUUUUUCUUUUUCUUUUCUUUUUUUUUUGAGUUUUAUUUUCUUUCCUGUGCCUGACAUCAGGAGGAGACGCAGCCACCUUUUUUUCCGUUCCAUACGGUACUUUUUUGGACCCAGUCCUGUGUUAUUAUUUCUGUGCCUGGGAAGUACCAUGCCGGUUGUUGGCGUAGCCUCCAAGCUCAGGCAACCCUCUGCAGUGGGCACCAAGCCGGUGCACACCGCUCUCCCCAUCCCCAGUGCGGUCAGGGCGGCCGCCUCACAAGGCUACAUGACCCGACAGCAGGAGCUGAGGGCAGGUGACGGCGCCCCGGGGCUCUCCUGUCAGCUGUCAGUCAAGUCUGAGUUCCAGCAGGAGAAGACACCUGAGGGGAAGUCCAGAGCUGAGACAGAGGAGAGCAAGAUCUGCAAGAUUUACACAGACUGGGCUAAUCACUACCUGGCCAAGUCCGGCUGUCAACGCCUCAUCAAGGACCUGAGCCAAGACGUCACAGAUGGAGUCCUGCUGGCACAGAUCAUACAGAUCAUAGCGAAUGAGAAGGUGGAGGAUAUCAAUGGCAGCCCAAGGAGCCAGUCGCAAAUGAUCGAGAAUGUGGACGCCUGCCUCAGUUUCCUCGAUGCCAGAGGAGUAAAUGUACAAGGGCUUUCAGCAGAAGAGAUCAGGAAUGGCAACCUAAAAAGCAUCCUGGGUCUCUUCUUCAUCCUUUCACGCUACAAACAGCAGCAGCAACAACAGCAGCAGUACUACCAGUCCCUGGUGGAACUCAGCCAGCAGACCAGCAGCAGCACACCAUCCGCCAGCAGCCUCAAAACACAAGAGAUGCAGUCCAGUCUCACAGCACGAUAUGCAAGUCCCCCGGGCCACAGUGGAAUAGGGUCACCCCAAAAGAAAAACACAAGGUUACCGGGACCCUCCAGAGUACCUGCUGCAGGCAGCGGGGCCUCCAGGAGCCCGGGCUCAUCUAACCUCAACCGUCGCAGCCAGAGUUUCAAUAGCAUCGACAAGAGCAAACCUCUCCAGUAUGCCAGUGGCAAUGACAGAGAAGCAGUGAGGGGCAUCCCGGUAGUGGGCGGCAUGAAUGGGAGUGGUAUCAGUGGGACAGUUCCAACCAGCCUAAGUGGGCAGCAGCUGGCCUCUGCCAUCCCAUCACCCACUGCCGGCAAGACUUGGCGCAGCAAGUCCAUGAACCUCAAACACAGCGCCACCUCAUCCAUGCUGGCAAGUCCCACGCAUUCACCCUCCCCUACCUCUUCACCUCAGGGCCCAGAGGGCCUCCACUUACACGGGAGCGACGGGUCAAAGUUAGGAUCAGCUGUCGGUGUUGGAGCACCUCCUCAGCGGUCCAUGCUGGAGAAGUUCCGCUUGAUUAACCCUAGAUCAGCCUCAAGAGCAUCGCCGUCUGUGGCAGAGAUGGCUCUACAGGAGGAAGAUGACCUGUCUGAGUAUGGGGAGGAUGGACUGACGCCGACGGGGUCCAUGUGCAGCAGUAGCAGCGCUACAGCCAAGCAAAUGCCUACUAAGACACAGACUUCUUCCAUCACAUCAUCAAACAAAACCUCCUCUUCUUCGUCCUCAACUUCAUUUUCAAAGGCUUCUUCCAAUGGCAGCAGGUCCAUGGCCUCGUCGAAAGACAAGGAGGACAAAAGCAAGAGUGGGAAAUCAUCUAAGGACAAUUCUCCACCCAAAGAGGAGCGUGAAUCACUUUCAGAGUCCACCAAGAAGAGUUCCAAAAUUGCCAGCCUCAUCCCAAAAGGAGGAAAGCCUUCAUCAGGAAAGAAAGAUGGUGCCACCUCUUCUGCUUCCACCGGCAUCCCAAAACCAGGACUCAAAGCUCCCUCAACCUCAACAGCCAAGGCUCAGAGUCAAAGCCAGUCCCAAAGCCAGGCCUUAAACAGCAGCGGUAACCUACGGGGAGGAGACGGAGACAGAGCCAAGAUGACAAAAGGAGGACAGAGUGGGAGUUUCUACAUGCAGCGCUCCACUGGGGGCCCAGAGGGGAAGCGGACCAGCAUGACCUCUUCCACCAGCACCUCAGCCCUGUCUGGGACCAGUGGGAUCCUCGGAGGUGGAGGGGGAGCAGCACUCGGCGGGAAUGGAGUAGUUCAGCUUCCACAACAACAGCAGCACAACCACCCUAAUACUGCCACUGUGGCCCCCUUCAUGUACAGGACAUUCUCAGAAAAUGACUGCACCAUGGUGGCCCCGGCCGACCCCUGCCUCAGCCCCACCAAAGGAGAACUGGUCUACAGCAAGACAGCCAAACAGUGCCUGGAGGAGAUUUCAGGAGAAGACCCUGAGACAAGACGUAUGAGGACAGUGAAGAACAUCGCUGACCUGCGGCAGAACCUGGAAGAAACCAUGUCCAGUCUACGGGGAACACAAAUCAGCCACAGUACACUAGAAACAACCUUUGACACCACGGUAACCACUGAGGUCAAUGGGCGGACCCUGCCAGCCCUCGCCGCACGCUCCUCCCCCAUGGCCUGGCGUUUAGGCCAACCACAAACCCCGCGUCUCCAGGCAGGUGACGCCCCCUCAAUGCCCAGCGGCUAUGCUGUGCCCAGGUCAAGCACGACUUCUGCUGGCACCACCACAGGGCGCUACAGCGGGCACUCAGACCCCUCCAGGUUUGUGUACAGUGCCCCUCUGAGGCGAGCAGCAGCAGCGGGGGCGAGGGGGGCGGAGCAAGGGGAGAAGGGAGGAGGAGGGCUGGAAGGAGGGAAGCAGAUGGAGGUGGCAGGGUACAUGAGUGAUGGGGACAUCCUAGGAAAGAACGGCCGGAUGGAUGAGAUCACAAGCGGAUACCUUACAGACGGCGGCCUCCAUCUGUAUGCACGGAACACAGGCCGAUCCUCAGACGUGUCCUCUUCUCGAGAGGUUUCCCAGAGAGGAGGCAAAGAGAUGCAGGGCGACGUAGACAGCUGGGAUGACAGUAGCUCGGUGAGCAGUGGCCUGAGUGACACCUUGGACAACAUCAGUACCGAUGAUCUGAACACGCCGGCCUACCCCGCUGUCAGCUCAUCACGCAAAAACAAGGGAGCACAGUCCCAGAGAGGAAGCAGGUCCAAACAUGCAGAGCAGGAGGUGAGCAGCAGCUGGGCUGGAGCUGAGGACCUGAAGAAGGUGGAGGAGGAGCUGGACGCAAGCAUGGACCCGAGCAGUGGAUCCUCACGCUGGAAGCCUUCCUCAUCCUCCCCUUCCUCCCAAACCCAGGGCCAAUAUGAGGACGCUGGGCAAAAGGCGACUGCGUUGGCUCAGAUGUCUCAGACGGGCUCAUGGAGGAGGGGCAUGACGGCCCAGGUGGGCAUCACACCACCACGGACCAAGGGCACCUCUGCAGCCCACAAAACACCUGGUAAAACUGAUGAUGCCAAGGCCUCUGAAAAGGGCAAGGCACCUUCCAAGAGUUCAGCUGGCAUUCAACGCUCUCCUUCAGAUGCUGGGAAGAGUAGUGGAGAUGAAGGCAAGAAACCCCCCUCUGGCAUUGCACGCCCACCCACCUCAAGCUCCUUUGGAUACAAGAAGAUUCCAGGUCCCACUGGCACCUUAAUCACCUCCAGUGGUGCAACACUUGCCAGUGGCUCAGCUACUCUUGGCAAAGCACCCAAAUCCUCUGCUGCUCUGGGCAAAGGUACAGGAAUUGGGGGUGUGCGUAAGACUAGUCUGGACGGCUCACAGCCUCAGGAUGAUGGCAUCUUACUUGGCUGUGGAAGCUCUAAAGUGCCCCUACAGUACCGCUCUCUACCCAGACCGGCUAAAUCCUCCAGUGGGGGGGCAGCAGGACGCAGUGGUCAUCGUUCCAGUUCUAGCAGUAUCGACUCAAAUGUCAGUGGCAAGUCAGCCGGAGGGGCGGCAACUCCAGGCGGUGCCAAACGCAGGGAUGCCGGUAAAGUGGGCUCAGACCGGUCCAGUCCCAUCACCAUCAACCAGACAGACAAAGAGAAAGUUUCUGUGUCAGACCAGGACCCGGCAGCAGGACUGUCCACCUCCCCUAAAUCAAGUCCCACCUCCAGUUCAACAGGCCAGUCAGGCCUCAGGCAGCCAGGCUCCAAGUAUCCCGAUAUUGCUUCUCCUACCUUUCGCAGAUUGUUUGGCACCAAAGCCAGCAGCAAGGCCAGCUCUCCGGGCACGCCCGACUCUGGCAAGUGCCCCUCAAUACUGGGCAGCCCUCACGGCACGUUGGCGAGGCAGGCCAGUCUGGACUCUCCCUCUUCUGGCACGGGGAGCCUGGGCAGCGCUGGUGGGCAGAGCGGUGGCAGCAGCCCUCUGUAUGGUAAAACCCCAGACCUGUGUACUGACUCCCCGGCCUCCAGUCCAGCCUCUGGCCUCUCCCUGCCCUCCAAUGCUCGGCCCUGGCCUGCCUGUAGUUCAUCAGCUGGCAGCAAGGAUACACUGAGCUGCCAAAGUAUGACCAGUCUGCACACCAGCUCUGAGUCCAUUGAUUUACCGCUGGGCCACCACGGGCCUAAGGUUACCCGAACCGGCAGUGUCAAGUCCACCCUGUCUGAGGGCAUGCCUCUUGACAGAAACACGCUCCCCAAAAAGGGACUGAGGUACCCUCCAUCCUCCCGGCAGACCUCCCAUGAGGAAGGGAAGGAGUGGUUGAGAUCACAUUCAACAGGGGGGCUUCAGGACACCGGCAGUCAGUCACCACUGUCUCCUCCUGGAGCCUCCUGCACCACCACUGGAAAAUACCACUACUCUAACCUCCUGAGCCCCACAAACAUCAGCCAGUAUAACCUGCCACCAGGCAGCAGCAGCAUGAGCCGCUCCAACAGCAUCCCCGCCCAGGACUCCUUUGACCUGUAUGGAGAGGGGCAUCCACUGGGUGGCAGCGCUACCUCCCUGGAAGAUCGACCACGUGCCAUUAGCCGCUCUGGCUCCUUUAGGGACAGCACUGAUGAAGUCCAUGGUUCUUCACUGUCUCUGGUCUCCAGUACGUCUUCUCUGUACUCUGCGACAGAGGAGAAAGCACACUCAGAGGGCCAAACAGUCCAAAAUUCCACGCAAAUCAGAAAGCUGCGUCGUGAGCUGGACGCCUCUCAGGAGAAGGUUGCGACCCUGACGUCUCAGCUGGCUGCCAAUGCUCAUCUGGUGGCAGCCUUUGAGAAGAGCCUGAGUAACAUGACCUGCCGCCUGCAGAGCCUCACCAUGACUGCUGAGCAAAAGGAAUCUGAGUUGGUAGAGUUGAGGGAGACCAUCGAGACGCUGAAGACCCAGAACACAGACGCUCAGACCGCCAUCCAAGUGGCCCUCAAUGGUCCUGACCACCUACACAAAGACCUGCGGAUAAGACGGCAGCACUCUUCAGAAAGUAUGUCCAGUAUCAACAGCGCCGCCAGUCACUCCAGUAUGGGCAGCAUGGGCAAGGACGCAGAAGACAAGAAGAAGAAGAAGAAGAGCUGGGUGGCUGAUUCCAUCCCGGCUCAGUUACGCAGCUCCUUCAAGCAAGCGUUCAGCAAGAAGAAAACCAAAUCUCAAUCGGCGCAUGACGAGAUGGAGGAAAUGACCGAUUCAUUGCCAUCCUCGCCCAAACUGCAGCAUGACAACAGGCAAGGCAGCAUCGCCACUCUGCGUUCAUCACCUUCCACCACAGAAAAGUGCGUUUGUGAUAGCAAGUCCUCCCCAAUUUGGACACCUAAGAAAAAGCAAAAUGGUCAUGUGGUCUACAAGCACAGAUCACGGUUAUGUGAAUGCACAGAGGCCGAAGCGGAAAUCAUCCUCCAGCUGAAGAAUGAGCUGAGGGAGAAGGAGCUCAAGUUGACAGACAUAAGACUGGAGGCGCUCAGCUCUGCCCACCACCUGGACCAGAUCCGAGAGGCCAUGAACCGCAUGCAGAAUGAAAUUGAAAUACUCAAAGCUGAGAAUGAUCGUCUCAAGUCCAGCGGUAAUGCAACGCCAACGGCCACGCCCGUCAAGACUGCCAGGCCACCCUCCGAGACAUCCAGCACAUCCUCGUCAUCCUCACGUCAGUCCUUGGGGCUAUCGCUCAAUAACCUCAACAUCACUGACACCAUCAUGUCAGAUAUCCUAUUAGAUGACAGCUACGAGGGAAAUCUACGCAAAGAGGGUCGGAGUGUGCGAAUAGUGGUUACCAUCAGCAGUGGGCCAAAUACCACAAAGGGCAAACGUAUUCAGGAAUACCUGAUCGGGUCAAUAGGUGUGAGUGGGAAAACCAAGUGGGACGUCCUGGAUGGGGUCAUAAGACGCCUCUUCAAGGAGUAUGUGUUUCGGGUGGACCCUCAUACCAGCCUGGGUCUGAACUCCGACAGCAUUGUCUGCUACAGGAUGGGCGAGGUAGUCCGUUCCCAUACCUCUGAAGUGCCUGAGCUGUUGCCCUGCGGCUACCUGGUGGGCGACAACAACGUCAUCAAGGUCAACCUCAAAGGUAUAAAGGAGAACAGCAUAGACAGCCUGGUGUUUGACACACUCAUUCCAAAACCCAUUAUCCAGCGGUACCUCAACCUGUUGAUGGAGCACCGUCGCAUUAUCCUCUCAGGACCCAGCGGCACCGGCAAAUCCUUCCUGGCUGCCAAAUUAGCCGAGUACAUCAUUUCCCAAAUGGGUCAGGAGGUCACUGAGCACAACGUGGCCAGCUUCAACGUUGAUCAGAAUUCCAGCAAGGAUCUGCGUCAGUACCUGUCCAACCUGGCAGAACAGUGUAACUCUGAAGAGACGGACAUGGAGCUCCCCACUGUGGUCAUCCUGGACAACCUGCACCAUAUUGGGUCCCUCAGUGACAUAUUCAAUGGCUUCCUCAACUGCAAGUACCACAAAUGCCCAUACGUCAUUGGGACCAUGAACCAGGGAGUUUCCUCAUCCCCAAACCUUGAGCUCCACCACAACUUCAGAUGGGUGCUCUGCACAAACCACACUGAGCCGGUCAAAGGUUUCCUUGGUCGUUUCCUGCGGCGGAAGCUGAUAGAGACAGAGAUCGAUAAGAACAUGCGCAGCAAUGACCUGAUUAAGAUCAUUGACUGGAUCCCCAAGACCUGGCACCACCUCAACAGCUUCCUGGAGGCGCACAGCUCAUCUGAUGUCACCAUAGGCCCCCGUCUCUUCCUGUCCUGUCCCAUGGAUGUAGAAGGCUCUCGGGUUUGGUUCACUGAUCUGUGGAACUACUCCCUUGUGCCCUACCUGCUGGAGGCUGUCAGGGAAGGGCUUCAGCUCUACGGCAAAAGAGCAGCGUGGGAAGAUCCAUCUAAGUGGGUGAACGACACAUAUCCAUGGAACGCUGCCUCUCUGCAGCAGGAUGGCCAGUCGCUACUGCAGCUAAGGCCAGAGGACGUGGGAUAUGACGGCUACAGCUCGUCAAAGGAGGGCGCCUCAUCUAAGCAGGUGUCUCAGAGUGACACAGAGGGAGACCCCCUGAUGAACAUGCUGCUACGGCUGCAGGAGGCGGCAAACUACUCCAGCACGCAGAGCUGUGACAGCGACAGCACCAGUCACCAUGACGACCAGCUGGACUCAUCGUUGGAGUCGGCGCUAUGAGACCAAGAGCUACAGUGGGAUACGUUGAGCCCUCAAGCCCCUGGACCUCAUGAAGCCAGGAACCUUUGAACCUCCAUCACUAGCAGACACCCCCAAAGUGCACAGAUGUAUCAGAUAUGAGAAGUUUUAUUUUCCAAAAUGGUAUAUACACCAUUUAAAAGAAAAUCAAUUUUUAGAUAACAGAAUUGCAAAUUAUUCUUUGACUUACAGAGCAGUUGCCAACCUGCACUUGCAUUGGUCAAAAGAAAACCAGUGAAAUUAGCUGAAUUUAAUGGAUGUAUAACAUUUUUGAAAGCAACUUUUCAUAUAUGUGUUGGAGGGAGGUGUCUGGUAAAGGAGAGUAGUUCCUCUGAACUUGACUUCUGAGGAGUAAACCACACUUUGUGCUCAGCCGUGUUGAGGCACAGUUCACUCUUUCAGUUUUCACCUUGGGGUCAGUUUUCAAAAUGAAACUGGAUUUUUUUUUUCAAACCCAGUUAUAUCUUCAGAUGUUUACAAUGGGGGGCAGCUUCUGUUGUUUAUUCUUUGUUUACAGAGGUGAUUUUUACACAGACACAUACUCAUACAAAUGCACUUAAGUCACAGGCAGCAGCAGGAGGCUGUCAUUUAAACAGAGGCUUUCACUAGUUGCAGCUCCACCGCGACCAAACAAUCCAGCCUGCCAAAGUGUCCCUGAGCAAGGCACUGAAUCUGUACCACCCACAGGGAGGCUGGGCUGUGGAUGAGGCAAACAAACUGAGUUUCAAGGGGUAGUUUCAGGUUGAAUACCCUCUGGUGACCAUAAUGAAGGUUAAUAGAAACAAAGGCUUCUUACCACCAUUUAUUGGUGUCUGUUUUUUUUUCUAAUGAUAAAUUAUGAAAAAAAAAUAUGUCUGUACCUUCAUACUGGCUCCAGAUGUGCUUCAUUUUGAAACUGACACUUCUGCAGAGCCUCCACAGCCCAGGUGGUGUCACUUAAAAAUGACACCUCUGAGACACAGACACACAGCACACACCUCUCCUGCCAUCAGCUCAGCAGUGAGUUAAGUCUUGUGGUGCUGGUCUCCUGCCCUGAACCUCCUCAGUGUCAGGCACUGCCAAGCCGCUCGCUGCCCUGCAUGCCAACAACAAGCACAAAGAAAGCGCAUUGUCUGUGGGUCAUCCAGCCACAUUGCUACUGUGAAAAAAAAUGGACAAGUGCCAAUGUUUCCCUUUGAUUUACUGCCAAAUGUGCACAUACACGACCAUGCAUGCACACACACGCAGACAGAGAUGCAGAAAGACUGAGCUGACUAUUUACAAACUUAGAUUAAGUUGUUCUUGGCCACUCCACGGCCGGCUGUCUCUCCUUAGCUGUGAAUGCAUUGUGCACAGGAGGCAGGACUCUUGUGUGUCAUCACAGAAAAAGCUUGCAUUCAUGACAAAGCCCAUUUUGCUUUUGGAAUUUGCUUUAACCUGCAUGGAAAUCCACUUAAACAAGUUUAGCUUCCUGCAACAGGUUGAAAAUGUAUGUAUAUGCCCUUUACUCCAAGAGAUUAAAAGACAGAACUCAUACAUGUUUAAAAAGAAUGAACAAAAUACCAGUAAUAUUGAACCAACUGAUUAUAAACUGACCUUUAUGAAGCUGAUGAUUGUUUAGCCAAGCCUCUGCACAGAACUCUGUGGGAGUCGCAUACACACUCAUUAGCAGUCUAUUUGGUACCAAAAAAGUAUAAUGCAUACAAAUGAUCCAGAUCAGCUCAAGAGCUGAAUAAAGGAACAAUGAUUUUGGUGCUUUCUCACUGCCUUAAAUGUGCAAAAGUUUGGAUGGCAUCUUUCGCCUCCCAUUAGCUAUAGUGAGAAGAAGAGAUGUUUAUGUUGAUCUGCUUCCUGCUACGUCAAAGAUGCUGCUUGUAGUUGGAUAAACAGCCUCUUUUUUCCUUCCCCUCCCUCUCCAAACUCUCUUUUGUCUGACAGUCAAGUAUAAAAGCUGAGAGUUCAUGUUGUAUUUGAAGUUAAACAGACCAAUAUUGUAAAAACAUUUAAAGGGGGUGGGGUGUUUUUUAGUUGUUUAUGGCCCAGUUGAGCUGGGCUCACUUGAACCGACAGGAGCACAACCAAACUGUUUGGGUUUUCUAGCCUGAUGAGCAUGUUUUGAGCUUUUUAUGGGGCUGCAUUGAGAAGAGACCUUUACCUUUAUGUAUGCGUGUAUUGGACGGAAGCCAUUUUGAAUUCUGAUUGUCCUCUCUUUGUUUAACGAGUGGGUUGGUUUUGCACACUUGAGGUGGGGGUGGGUUGUAAAUACUUAAGUCUUGCACAGUGAAUCAAAGAUGCAUUCUGCCCUGUUGAUGUUACAAUAUGCUUAACCCGCUGAGUAAAUUAUUGUACUUUGAAAACAGAGAGAAAAAAAAGAAAUGCAAAAACUCAACACGCUGUCAGAAACAGGUGUGUGUCUUGUGGUGAUUGGAUGUUUUGCCUAUGCAGGAAGCAUACAGUGUACAGUAAGAAAAAGAAACUUUUUAACUCAGUAUAAUGUUUCCACUAAAAUCACAGAAAAUAGGCACUUUCCCAGUAUUCUCCCAUCCUGCCAUAAUAAUCUCUGGAUCUUCUCCGUCCUGUUAUUCCUUCAGAAUACGUCCUCUCUGAACGUAUAAACCCAAGCUUAUUGCCACGUUAGGCUUGACAGCUGUCUGAGGGACCGAAGCUGACCCAACACCGUACUGUAUACAUUUACCAACAACAAACAGGUGCUACUGGUCAAUUAAAACCUACCACAGACCAACAAGUUAUGCUGUCACAACCUCAGGACAAUCCUAUCCUCUACAAUCCUACCUGUGUCCAGCUUCACACAUGUCUCUGCAGCCAAGCCUCCGAUGGUUUGCAUAUAUGCUUCUGGCCAACACCGCCAGCCUUGUGUCUGCACAGGUGUGUAGUUGCAUGCUAAGGGGGUCGUAACCGUGGUAACAGAUUUAUUCUGACCUAUAAAUACACCCAGUAUGUUAAACCUGAGCUUAUAUCUUCCCCAAUGCAGUGCAAACACACAGUUUGACCCUCUCAGCUGUUCCACACUCCUGGUGUAGACCAUUAGGUCCCAAACUAGCUGUACUUCUAUACCGUUACAGUGUACACCAUAGUGUUGAUGGUCAACUGGUAACUUUUACACUUACACUUGCAGUUACAUCUCAGUUGAAAACCAUAGCAUUUACUCUGGUUUAAGAGAAAGUUUUCUUCUUUUUGGGUGAAACAUUUGUCCUUAAAUGUUUUAUAUUUUGUACAUUUGUAUGUAACAUAUCAUGUAAAUAGACAGAGACAGUGAUUUAACUCAUCUGGAGGAUUUUGUAGUCUUUGUAAAGCCCUAAUAAAUGGUAUUUGGUGUCACACAAGCAAA